AUGUUUGGGAAGGUGGCAGGUGCAGUUUUUGUCACGGCCAUAGCAACGGGACUAACUGUUGAGGCGGCACAUAUAUUUUUUGAGAGUGUGAAGCCAUUGACUCAGCAAGAGAAAAAGACUGACGAAUAUAGAGAGCCGGAUUUCGACUAUCCUGAUGAUAUAAUUAGAGAGCAACUUGCAAGAAACUAUGCAUUCUUUGGAGAAGAUGGCAUGAAACGGAUUCGUGAUUUGUUUGUGGUUGUAUUGGGUGCUGGAGGAGUCGGGUCGAACUGUGUGUCUUCGUUAGCUAGAUCUGGGGUGUCGAAGAUUAGAGUGGUUGACUUCGAUCAAGUAUCAUUAUCUUCGUUGAAUAGACAUUCUGUAGCCACAUUGAAAGAUGUGGGAACAUCAAAGGUGAAGUGUUUGCAGCGCAGAAUUCUACAGAUAGCUCCGUGGUGUGAAGUGGAAGCAAUAGACGAAGUUUUCAAAGCGGAGCAUGCCGAUAGAUUAGUCGCUAGAGGUCACCCAGACUAUGUGAUUGACUGCAUAGAUAAUAUAGAGACCAAAGUGGAUCUAUUGGGGUACUGCUAUAAAAAGGGAUUUACCACCAUCUCUUCAAUGGGUGCUUCAUGUAAGAGCGAUGCCACUCAAGUUAAUGUUAGCGAUAUAUCCACUACGGCCGAGGAUCCUUUGGCCAAAGCUGUGCGGCGGAGAUUGAGAAGAAGAGGCGUUAAUAGCGGGAUCACCUGCGUCUUUUCUGCGGAGAAGCCUGACCCUAGAAAGGCCACGCUAUUGCCUUUACCAGCUGAAGAGAUCCAAAAAGGUGGCGUGGAUGAAUUAAGUGCCCUACAAAACUUCAGGAUUCGGAUACUUCCAGUAUUGGGAACUAUGCCUGGCAUAUUUGGUCUCGCCAUUACUUCUCACAUUCUCACCGAGGCUGGCGGAUACCCCAUUGAACCAAUAGAAGGUAAGAACAGAUACAAAGUGUACGACAACCUUCUUCAAAGCCUUAGCUCUCAGGAGGGUAGAAUGGGCCGUGACCAAAGAAUCCCCAUCGCGAUAGAGGAUACGCAGUAUUUGCUAGAAGAGGUGUUUCGAGGUAAAUCACCAAUAUCGAACUAUUCCACGCGGUUGGUGGUCUCAAGAUGGCUACCAGAUAAGCCAAUAUGCCUGACAAACCUUGUAAUAAUGACCAGGGAUGAGCAGAGGGACCAUGAAAAGAGAGUUUUGCUCGGAGGAGAGAAGGUAGAAGACGUUUACAGCGAAGAAGCAAUUCAGAGAGUGAACAAGAGAAUACAGGAAGAAAUAUGGUACGAGAAGUUCCGUUAG